UCAUCAUUUCAGAGGAUUCCAGCUGCGUGGUCUGUCUAGCCAUAAUGAGCUCAUCACUGGUUGCUUAUGACGAUUCGGACUCUGAGACAGAAACUGAAAAGACUGAAGCUCCCCAUACGUCUAGCAGACAAACAAGCCAUCCAAGUACUUCUGUGAAUUGUGUUCAGUACUUUGCAUCUGGUAGUUUGUGUACGAAAUCUGUUUAUGAAAUGCAGCCUCCUGAGAGCACUGAUAGUUCUGGCACAAGCACUGCUUGGGAAGAUCCCCCUGUCCGUUAUGCACAGAAUAAUAUGAAUUUGGCAUCUUCUUAUUGUAGGAGCCCAUACUCUGGCCAUACUGUAUUAUGUAUGUCCUACAAAAAUGAACUAUCAUCAAGCUCUUCAACAAAGUCUGGCAAUGGCAUUUCCCAGAAGAGAAUGCUUAAAGACAGUACAACUGCUAUAAAAGGAAUUAGACCAUACAUCCCUAAAAGAUUGCGUCAAGAAAAUUCCGGUGUGCCUGAACAAAAAGAACCUGACCAGAGAAAUAGCUCAGAUUAUGAUGAUAAACCGGGCAUAUCAGGAGAGCAGACUUUGAGAAAGAUAUCUGAAUUAAUUAAGCCAUAUUUGGGAUCCAAAUAUAAAUUAACUGAACUCCCCAAAACUUUAAUAUUUCACAUGUCUAAACACAGUGGUCCUGUUAAUGAAAUCCAGUGGUGUCCUGUACAAGAACAAAGUCACAUGCUUCUCUCGGCUUCUAUGGACAAAACAGUCAAGAUAUGGGAUGCUGUAGAUACAGGCUGCUGUUUAAAAACAUACUCCUGUCACUCCUGUGCUGUUCGAGCUGCCCGGUGGUCAUCUUGUGGAAGACGGAUCCUCAGUGGGGGCUUUGAUUCCAUGCUGCAUUUAACAGAUGUUGAAACAGGGAAGCAAGUAUUUAGUUACAAAAAUGAAUUUAGGAUCAGCUCAUUGAAGUUCCACCCUACAGAGUCAAAUAUCUUCAUUUGUGGAGGGUUCAGCCCGGAAGUUAAAGCUUGGGAUAUAAGGACCUCUAAGGUGUUAAGAGUGUACAAAGCUGCAGUACAACAGACACUGGAUAUACUCUUCCUUGCUGAAGGAAGAGAAUUUCUUACAAGCACAGAUGCAGUGAGCCGGGACUCAGCUGAUCGUACUGUUAUAGCAUGGGACUUCCAAAGUGCUGCAAAAAUCUCCAAUCAAAUUUUUCAUGAGCGUUACACAUGCCCAAGUCUGACCCUGCACCCAAAAGAAUCUGUGUUUGUUGCCCAGACAAAUGGGAACUACAUGGCUUUGUUUUCUGCCCUGCGACCUUACCGGAUCAACAAAAAGAAAAGAUAUGAAGGACAUAAGGUAGAAGGAUUUGCAGUGGGCUGUGAAUUUUCUCCAGAUGGAACACUUUUGGUGACAGGAAGUUCAGAUGGUAAAGUGUUUUUCUACAACUAUCAUACUGCUAGGAUUAUUCGUACUUUGUCUGCACAUAAAAAAGCUUGUAUGAGUGCAGUAUUUCACCCAGUCUUGCCAUCACUUCUUGCAACGUGUGAUUGGGCUGGAGAAAUCAAGAUCUGGCAAUAACAAGCAGAGUUACUUUUGAAGAUGUCUCCUGUUAGUCUGUCAAAGGCAUAGGAAAUAAACCAUGCUGUGUGAUGUCACAUUUUGGUGUGAUGUGUUGUAAGCAGGAUAAACUGGUGUCUUUUAUGACCACUGAGUGUAUGCUGGUCUUGUGGUUAGCUGCUGAGCAAAGAAGUAGUCUUCCAUUCUCCCUUGGCCCUGGUGACAAAUUUCUGCCCCUUUGUUGUCAGCCUUCUGGUUCUCAUCUAGCCCCACCCUAAUGUAAAUAGCUAAACUUAAAACUUUUUAUGAAGCUUUUCAAUGCAACUUUCUUAAACCGUGUUUUAUCAUAAAAUCAUUCAUGUUGGAAAAGACCUUUAAGAUCAAGUCCAACUGUUAACCUAUCACAGACAAGUCCCUCAUUAAACCAUGCCCUGAAGCACCACAUCUACCC